AUGAGGGAAUACACACUGGCAGCCGCAGAGCGUAUGAGAGAGCUGCGAAGACUAGAUGCCAAGGAGCACAGAGGAAAGACUCCCCUGUUGGUUGCUGUAGCUGCCAGACAACCAGCCAUAGUCUAUGAUUUGAUACUGACAGGGGCUGAUGUCAAUGCUGUGGACGAUAAAGGGCAAUCUGCUUUACAUCUCGCGGCAACAUAUGGAUACGCACAAGUCAUUCAGGUUAUUAUGUCACUAGGUUUCCCGUACGAUUUAGAAAUGAAGGAUUUUGAAGGCCAUACUCCACUUCACUGUGCUGUUCUGUCCCAUAAUUCCCUGUUCCGAGAGCAGCAAUGUCACCUUACACUAACCGAGGAACAGAGAAAAGAACUUCAGUACCAGAGUGAGGAGGUGCUAUCAUGUAUCCACCUUCUGGUGCAGAUGGGAGCCUCCAUCCACAGCCGAGAUGUUAAAAGCAACAAGACAGUACUUCAUUACACGGUACAGGAUGGGAACAUCUCCCUGCUCAAGUACUUCUUAGAACUAAAUGCUUUCAUGUCUGAGGACUUUGUCAACAGUAAGGCUCAUGGUAACACAGCUUUGCACAUGGCAGCUGCUCUUUAUCAGGACAAAAAUCAGGAAGAAAUUAUCAAAUUGCUCCUGGACCAUGGGGCAGACCCAAGCAUCCGAAACUUAGACAACGACCAGGCAAUUCACAUGGCACAGUCAGGAAAGGCUGGCGAUCGGGUCAGGCAUUUGCUGAAGAAAGGGAGAGUCACGUCAGCAUUUGUUACCUGCCGUCGAAACGCCAGAUCCUAG